AUGGCUGUGGCAGACCUGAUUGACAUUAAGAGGUUGAAUGAGCUAAGGAGGACCAACCCCACCAAGGCCAAAAACCUCAUAAAAAAAAUAAAAAAGAAGAAUGCCAAGAAGGAAAAGAGGGACAAGACGGAGAGGAAUAUCGACAAAGCUGGUCCUGUAAACAGAAAUAAUACAAGCAGUUAUCGACACGAACCCUACGUGGAAUACGUGGAGGAAGAUAUUGAGGAAGAAAUUUUUCAAAACUUCCAAGAUGUAUACAAAAAGUUUAAAGGAAAAAGGGAUGAUCAGGAGGAAUGCGAAGAGCAGAUGGAAAAUGAAAAAAAAAUAAGUCUGUAUGAUAGCAACUCUGAAGAGCAAUCCGAUGAUGGUAGUGAUGACGAUGAAGAGGAGGAAGAAAAUGGAGGAAACACAAAAAAGAAGGGACCCAUUUCGAAGAAAGCAUUAAAAUUGUUAAAUAGACCAUCCGUAGUGGAAUUAAAAGAAUUUGCAAAAAAACCAGAGCUAGUCGAAAUAUGGGACACGACAGCAUGUGAUCCUUUUUUUUUCGUCUGGUUAAAAUGCCUAAAGGAUUCUGUGCCUGUGCCACAACAGUGGUGCCAAAAGAGGAAGUAUAUGCACGGAAAAAGGGGAAUUGAAAAAAUACCAUACAAAUUACCUCCCUACAUUGAAGAUACCAAAAUUAGCGAAAUUAGGCAAGCCAUAAAAGAGAAGGAAGAACAAAAAUCGUUAAAACAAAAAAUGCGGGAUAGAGUGAGACCCAAACUGCACACCAUGGAUAUAGAUUACCAAACGCUUCAUGAUGCUUUCUUCAAAUAUGCAACAAAACCCCAAUUAGUAAAAUUUGCAGAUGUGUAUUAUGAAGGGAAAGAAUUUGAAUUAAAAACGAAGAAAUUUCGCCCAGGAGUUAUUUCUGAAAAGUUGAGAAAUGCUUUAAAUAUAGAUCCAUCUGAACCAUUGCCAUGGUUAUUUAAUAUGCAGAAAUAUGGAUUACCUCCCUCUUUUCCUUAUUUAAAUAUCCCCGGGUUGAAUGAUCUUUCAGCGGAGAAUUCUGGAGGGAAGAGUGGCCCUGGAAACACAUCAAGUUUGCCACCACAAAGUGGCAUGAAUAAAACACAGGAUGAUGGAGCCAAAGGGAAAUACGAAAAUGUAGAUGAAUCGGGAAAUAUCAUCUAUGGAAAUUUUAUAUCUCAGCACACGAGCGAAAACAGCAGUAAGUACCCGGACGACUUUCUCUGGGGAGAGAUAGAUGAAAAUUAUGUGAACUCUGAGGAAGAGGAAGACGAUGAAGAUGAUGAAAACGAGGAAGAAAAGGAAGUAGAUGAAGAGGGCAAAGAUGAGAAGGAAAAGAGGAAGAAAAAGAAAGGAUUGUCGAAAGAACAGAAAGAAAAAAUGGAGGGACUCGAUUCAGAAAAUGCAAACCUGAAUUUGAGUGAAGACAUAAUGAAAGGCAAUUACAGCAGUGGACUGUACAGUGUUGCUACAAAUACAAAAAUAAACGGAUCCUAUACUCCCUUCAUGGAAAGUGGGGUAACAUCUGUAGAUUUAACUUCCUUCAUUUCUGGGUAUGAAACACCCAAAUAUGUUUACAAUAAUAAUUACAUGAAUCCCGCACAUAUCAAACCAUACACAGUGUUGCAAAAGGAAGAAGUACCCAUGUCUCAGAAUCAUUUGUUUUCUUCAAAUGUAAAGUAUAAAAUAAAUCCCGCAGUUUCUAUUAUGAGUAAGUCAUCCAAUGUUUCGGAAAUAGGGGGAGGAGGUAUUACCCCUUUCAGCGGAGUCGCAAUGUCAACACCUUAUCCUCCAAGUGAAACGGGAAGGAAACUCCAAAUUAACCCUCCACAGACGAACAUAGAAGAUAUAAAGAAGGAACUCAGCAAACAUGAGGAGUUGUCCAAUAAGGCGAAGCUGGUGUCGGCCCAGGUCGACCCACCCAAGAAGGGAAAGAAAGAGGAGAAGAAAAAGAAAAAGAAAAAGUACUUCAAAUUUUGA